CGUUUAUUUGGGAUACUUCCUGCUUCAAAGUCCUGCUGAAAACUGGCCCAGUUAAACAGUUUUAGGUGGAGAUGUUUAUGCUGGAGCUUCGUGUGUCCGUGUGAAUUGAUUGUCCACCGUUGUGAGUGAGUGUUUGAGCAGCAGACAGUCAUGCAGCAGGCUGUGGAGUCUCUGGUGCGACUGCUGGAGUCAUACAGAGGGAGAGAUAAAGUUAUCAGGACGGUCUGUUAUGGCUCCCAGCUGGUUGGAGGAGUUCUUUCCCGAAAGGCAGAAACAGAUGUCUCAUCCCACCGGCUCGGGGGAAGUCUGCUGCUGUUUUCUGCUCAGCUCAGCCACUGCAGGACGGUGCUGAGGCUGUUCGAUGAUCUGUCCAUGCUGGCCUACUCCCGCAGCUAUGGGAUGGGAACCAGGGAGGAGGACUCAGGCGUGCGCUGGAUAUCGGUGCUGACCAACGUGGCUGACCAGCUGUACUACCCCUGUGAACACAUCGCAUGGGCUGCUGAUGCUGAGCUCAUCAAAGUGAAGUCUGAUAAGUGGUGGCUGUUCAGCACGAUGCUGUGGGGAACCUCGCUGCUGCUGGGAAUACUCAGGUCACUCCGAGUUCUGCUGCUCCUGAAGAACAAGCUGAAGAGAUGUGAGAGGGAUGGAGGUGGCAACAGUCGCUCUCAGCUCCGCAGACAGAUGCGAGGGGAGGUACUCUCUGUCCUCGGCAGCACGGCUGACCUCAGUAAUGCCAUUCAUUGGAUGCCGCCCGGCUUCCUGUGGGCGGGAUGGUUCCCCAACUGGCUGGUGGGGCUGAUGGGCACCAUCUCAUCUGUGAUUGGUUUGAUCCAGAUGAGCGCCGGCGACAGUGACCGGACAGACAGUACAUAGUCUUCACCUCACAGUGAGGAAUAGAUCAGAUAACAGACUGAAUCUUGGGUAUUGAUGGAAACUGCUGAGUGAGAGGAUGCGUAGCAGAUCUUUAAUGUGAUCAGACUUCAGUCAGACUGUCUGUGGCCGUUGAUUUCAGUUUUUUAAUGAGGAAAAUGUAGCAGACUUCUAGCCAAUCAUCCAAGUGCUUAAUCAGAAAUGACUGACUGUCUUGAAAAAGUGGCCAAACAUCUUCAAUUCCCUUGGAAUGAAAAAGCAUAUUUGAACAUAAUUCACAGUGGGAGGCAAGAUUUGAUGAAGAGAUCAAUCAAUGAAAUGUUCUUUAUUUUUGCUAACUGCUGCAGCAUCAUAAUCACACGAAAGAAUGUGAAAUGUAUUUAAAAUUUGAGUGUCAUUGGAUGCAGAUAAAAGUAUUUACAUGGCAUGUGAAGGGUUUAAGAAGGGUUUUCUGAGACAGUUUUAGUGUAGCCAAGUUUGCACCAAUAACAGCUUUGGCUGGGACGAAAACUCUUUUGCCUGAGGAAUACAACAUUGCUUAGACUGUACAUCCUUGUUUGUCAGUAUGCAAAGUGAUCUGAGACUUUAUCCUGUACCUGGGAGAUUCUUGCAACAACCACUUUAACAGUAGGUUCAAGCGUAGAGAAUCCGCAAAGGGCCACUAUUCCUCUACCUGUUCAGUCAAUGCUCAAGUAGCUAAAACAGGGAUGAUAUUGGUUGUGUUUAGAAAUUAAUGAUGUUUGGUGAUUUUGAGAGAAAUACACUGUGAGAAGGCUGGUAAAUUUGCCUUACAUACACCUGAUUUUUAAUCAUGCAUUUUUUUUUCAUAUAGGCCUACAGUUAUUCAUAAACUGUUUGUUAAAAUAUUAUGUCCAGCAUCACUACAGCAACUGAUUUCACUAGUUAGUUUCUCAUGCGUUGAAACUGUGUGAAACUGGUGAGCAAAAAUCAGAUUUUUGCUCUGAAGAAUCAGUAGAAAACAUUCCGCAGACAACACUGAUGACGAUUUUAUAUGGAAACAGUGUUGCUGGUCAAAUAGGACAUAAUCUGCUUGAAAUGUACAUUUAAUUAUAUGUAAAUUUAUUUCAGAUGAUGUAAAUUAAUUAAGUUUUUAAUAAAAUAAAGCGUCUGUCCUCUCUGA